UUUACAUCUUUUGAGCAAAGUACUGUAACAAAGCCAUUAUUUGGUUUCCCAAAGAAAGUUUUUCUCUCAAUUUUCAGUAGAGUAUCAAGGCACCUCUUUGGUGCAUAUGCAGCCCUCCCUUUUCUAGUGAUCCUAUCCUCCCACCAUAGUUGCAGUGCUAGAAUGAAGACCAGCAAUUACUGCGCUCCUUCUUCUUGUGGCAAUAUCCAUAAUAUUAGCUACCCUUUUCGACUAAAUACCGAUCCCCAGAGCUGUGGCAACAAACUUUUUGAACUUGCUUGUGAAAACAACACACGUCCAACUUUAUACUUGGACAUGGUAAAGUAUUAUGUCCAGGCAAUCAAUUACAGUGACUUCACAAUUCGACUUGUGGAAGCUGCUGUUCAGAAGGAUGAUUGCUUCUCCAUCCCUCAUCAUUCUAUUACAGAAGAUCAAUUGCUCCGCUCUGCGUACGACAAUUAUUAUUAUGAGAUAUAUUGGGCAAACAGUUCUGUGUUAACUUUUUUAUGUUGCGAAAAUCAAAUGCUGAAUCCUCCAGAUUAUAUUAUGGAUGCUUCUUCUUGCAAAAAUGGCAGUGGUACUGCAUAUAAUUCUUCUUCGUCUAGCAGUAUUUCUUCUCCCAGCUGUGUCGAUAUGGAAGGUCAUUCCUAUGUCAUGGUUGAUGGGGGGAUCCAGGAUGUACCUGACUUGUGCCGUAUAGAUUUGAUUUAUUCUGUGCCAAAAAAUAUGAGAAAUAUGACGUAUACAGAUGUCCAUGAUAUUUUGGUAUAUGGGUUCGAGCUUUCAUGGUUCUCUUUCUGUUGUGAUACUGGCAAAGAGAACCGCUGCAACCUUGAUGAAGCCACCGUGCAGAACAAAAAUUGUUUACAAUUGUUCACAGUACCAUACUACUGGACGCUGUUAAACCUUUAUUUUGACGGUAUCGACUGGAUAUUUUGUCGAAUUGAUGAGGGUUAUUGUUAUGAACGGAUGACCACCCUUCAAUUUUACUAAGCUUUCUCAUAUUCUUUUCCACUGUGACACUUGCCCUUAUCGGUAAGUAUUUUACAUUUCUUUUAUCAGCUUAUUGUGAAACAAUAAAUAUAUAUUAUUUUCAUUGUGGUUGUAUCUGGUAGCUUCUACUUAUUUUCAUUAAAUUUAUUUAGUUGUAAAAUGUUUUGAUAUGUUUCAAAUGUCUCUAUACAGUGAUAUAUCAUGUGCUAUUAUUUCCA